UCGGAGCUCUGUAUUCAGUUUCAAAUUGCAAGUCGCAUUUCAAGCUUAUUAACAAUAUGAAGUGGCUGUCACUCGCUUUUGUCGUCAGUUUGUUGGCUCUGGCAAGCGCUAACCCGCUUCAACCAGGAAAUGUUAUAAUCAAUGGGGAUUGUAAACAUUGCAACGUGCGAGGCGAUUAAUUAAUUAUAAUGUUUAAUUUAACAAAUAAAUUGUAUUUAUGUAAAUAAAAUUGUAUGCAGAAUAACAAGACAAAAAUGAUGUAAUAGAAUUUGUUUUAA